ACCACCUCCUCUGCCUCCCGGCACAGCGUCUCCGCCUCCGCCGGCGGAGACCCCAAGCUACCACGACUGCGGGACCCACUGCCCGCGGGACACUGAGCCACAAUGUUCCCGAGGGAAACCAAGUGGAACAUCUCGUUCGCUGGCUGCGGCUUCCUAGGCGUCUACCACGUUGGCGUGGCCUCCUGCCUCCGAGAGCACGCGCCCUUCCUGGUGGCCAACGCCACGCACAUCUACGGCGCCUCAGCAGGAGCGCUUACCGCCACGGCGCUAGUCACUGGGGCUUGCCUUGGUGAAGCAGGUGCCAACAUUAUUGAGGUGUCCAAGGAGGCCCGGAAGCGGUUCUUGGGCCCUCUGCACCCCUCCUUCAACCUGGUGAAGACCAUCCGUGGCUGUCUACUGAAGACCCUGCCUGCUGAUUGCCAUGAGCGUGCCAGUGGGCGCCUGGGCAUCUCCCUGACUCGUGUUUCGGAUGGAGAGAACGUCAUCAUAUCCCAGUUUAGCUCCAAGGAUGAGCUCAUCCAGGCCAAUGUCUGCAGCACUUUUAUCCCGGUGUACUGUGGCCUCAUCCCUCCUACCCUCCAAGGGGUGCGCUAUGUGGAUGGCGGCAUUUCAGACAACUUGCCACUUUAUGAGCUGAAGAAUACCAUCACGGUGUCCCCGUUCUCAGGCGAGAGUGACAUCUGCCCACAGGACAGCUCCACCAACAUCCAUGAGCUCCGUGUCACCAACACCAGCAUCCAAUUCAACCUGCGCAAUCUCUACCGCCUCUCGAAGGCUCUCUUCCCGCCGGAGCCCAUGGUUCUCCGAGAGAUGUGCAAACAGGGCUACAGAGAUGGACUUCGAUUCCUUAGGAGGAAUGGCCUACUGAACCAGCCCAACCCCUUGCUGGCGCUGCCCCCGGUUGUCCCCCAGGAAGAGGAUGCAGAGGAAGCCGCUGGAGAGGAGGACCAAUUGCAGCCCCACGGAGAAGAUCGGAUUCUAGAGCACCUGCCUGCCAGACUCAAUGAGGCCCUGCUGGAGGCCUGUGUGGAACCUAAGGACCUGAUGACCACCCUUUCCAACAUGCUGCCUGUGCGCCUGGCCACUGCCAUGAUGGUCCCCUAUACUCUGCCGCUGGAGAGUGCAGUGUCCUUCACCAUCCGCUUGUUGGAGUGGCUGCCUGAUGUUCCUGAGGAUAUCCGGUGGAUGAAGGAGCAGACAGGUAGCAUCUGCCAGUAUUUGGUGAUGAGGGCCAAGAGGAAAUUGGGUGACCAUCUGCCUUCCAGACUGUCUGAACAGAUGGAACUGCGUCGAGCCCAGUCUCUGCCCGCUGUGCCACUGUCUUGUGCCACCUACAGUGAGGCACUGCCCAAGUGGGUGCGAAACAACCUCUCACUGGGAGACGCACUGGCCAAGUGGGAGGAAUGCCAGCGUCAGCUACUGCUGGGUCUCUUCUGCACCAACGUGGCCUUCCCUCCGGAUGCCUUGCGCAUGCGCACACCUGCCAGCCCCACCUCCGCAGAUCCUGCCACCCCACAGCAUCCACCUGGCCUCCCACCUUGCUGAAAACCACCACUGCCACCUUGCCGGGGCUACCAGCAAAGCUCCUAGUUGCCCUAGCCCACUAAGAGGAGCCCUGGAGCAGAACAAGUCCCUGUACUUGGGCUCUCCCCCUUACAUGCUGUGGAAUGAGGACUUAGGACCCUGCACAGCUGCAGGGGG